AUUACAGAAAAGACAAGUCAGUGUGUGAAUUAGUUGAAUGGAUGAUCUUUUACAUCACUUUGGCUCUUCAUUUCCUUCGCGAGGCUUGGUAAAGAAGGAGCAUCCUGAAGUAGAGGUUGUUCUAUUUGUCGUGCUCAAAUUACAAGGAAGACUUGACAAAGGAUGGCCUUCAUUCAUCACAUAAUGGUCUCAUUGGCAAUCCUCGCCACAACCAGUUCUGACCCAAAUGCACAAUUUAGAAGGCCGUACAAUCCGUACUAUGGCCACGGUUAUGGUCAACAACAAGGCGGAUAUGAAGGCCCUGGACCCUAUAGGGGAUCACACCCAGCCCAACCCAGUCCAUAUGCAGGGCCCCAAACCUCGCUUCAUUCAGGUCAAUCUCAAUCCAUUGUUGCCCGAGUGGAUUUGAAACCAGCAGAUAAUAGCGGGGUUAAAGGAACCCUGUACUUGAAGCAAAAUGGCCCAGGGUCCGCUGUUCUUCUGACUGGUUACAUAAAAGGCCUUUAUGAAGGAGCCCAUGGCUUUCAUGUCCACAUGAACGGAGAGCUUACUAAUGACUGUAAGGAUGCCGGUGGCCAUUUCAACCCUUUCAUGAAGAACCAUGGAAAUCCGUUCAGCCUUGAUCGACAUGUUGGUGACUUAGGUAACAUCAAAACGUUUUCAAGAUAUCAUCCAACAGAAGUGUUCAUCUUGGACAAGAUAAUUACUCUCGAACCUGGACGUGAGAACUCAGUUCUUGGUCGAGCAAUUGUGGUGCAUGAAGACGUCGAUGAUCUAGGCGAAGGAGGAGACAACGAGAGCCUUAGAACUGGAAAUGCGGGCUCUCGAUUGGCCUGUGGGGUCAUCGCUCGCAUGAUCGACUACUAAAGUCAUCAAAGAAUUCCACUGAAAGAGUAUCUUGUUCUUGUCAAACUACCCAUGAUUCUAUUGAACUUCAUUUGAGAGAGAUUAUUCACAGCGUUCCCUGCAAUUUGACGUCAUUUGAACAUCAGGGUGUCCACAGUCAAACUCUAAAAAAAUGUUCAACUGCCUAGAUUUUCAAAUCCAAACACGUAUGUACUAAAACCUCCUGUGUUCGUCCAUCUUUGGUAAAUAAAAAAAAAAAGCGAGAAAUCAGAA